UCACAUUCACUGAAACAAAAAGUGAGGAUACAUUAUCCUACUCACUUUGCUUCCCUCCUCUUAUUCACUCCCAACCAUUCCAAACUUUCAUACCAUUUUCCUCUAGAGACUCAAACAAGCUUAACAUGGCUUCCUUGACAAUGGUCUUUCCUCCGGUGGUGACUGGCAGAGCAACCGGCCAAGUGUACGCUGCAACGGCAGCCAAGGGAGGAAGCAAAGAAGAGAAGGGUCCGUUUGAUUGGAUUCUCGGAGGGCUAGCGAAGGAGGACCAGCUGCUUGAGGUUGAUCCAAUCCUGAAGAAGGUUGAGGACAAGAAUGGUACCGUCAGCGGCAGCAAGGGCACUGUGGUUGUGCCGCCGAAGAAGAAGCAGGGUGGCUUUGGAGGCCUUUUUGCCAAGAAGGACUGAUCAUUUCAGGCAGUAUUAUGUGUCUAAUUUGCUUUCUGUACUCAUUGAUCAUUGUGAAACAUGUUAAGCAUGUUAAAUUCUUCACCUGCCUCUGCAUCUAAAGAUCUUCAUUUUAAUAUCCA